GUGUAUCUUCGUUUCUGGCAUUUAUCGUAAAUAUAACGUAUUUUUAUAAGACAAAGAGCAUGUUCAUCACUGAUUGAAGACUGCCUGCAUUAUAACAUAACGUUAAAAAAUAUUAAAUGAGUAGCUUGUGACAUUGUCUUGCAUUGCUGUACCUUUUCUAUGAUGGAAGCUAUAAGAAAUGAUACAAUACGUACUUCUGACUCCAUGCAUUCUUUAUCUUGUAUUAAUACACACCAUAUUGAUGAGUUAUCAAGAGAAAAAGAAGAAGAGUUAUUAUAUGGUACAGGUGAUGAUGGUGAUGAAGAAGAUGCUCUUUCAGAUGAUAGUAUGCGUUUAAGACUUUCUGAUGACGAUGAGAUUGAAACAGAAGAUAUCCUAGCACCUGUUUUAGAUAAUGAAGAAAAUAAAUCAAAAAAUAAUGAAGAUGAAAAAACAUCUGCAAAAGCUAAAGAUGUAGAAAUUCCUACUGUCUCAGAAAAAAAUAUAUUGAAGAAUGAAACAGAUACCAAGAACAUAAUCCAGGAGGGGCAGUGUUCAAAUAAUGAUGAAAAGAUAGUAAUUGAUUACGAAAAAAUUGGUAAAAACAGUGGAAAUGAAUCGAUGAAGCCUCAAACAAUGAAUAUGCCUCGUCCAUGGUCAAGUUAUGAACCACAAUGGAGAUUUCCUAGAAUACCUAAUGGUCGAAUUUUUCGUAGUGCCAACCAUACUUAUAACAGAUUUCGUUAUCUAACACCUAGAGGACGUUACAGACUUCAAUCAUAUGAUUACAAUGUUAGAUUUCAUAAUGCAUUUCUUCCUUUUGAACGAGGAAGAGGCAAUGGAGUGUUUAAUUCAUAUAGUAGGUCAACUUAUGGUAACAGACAGCAGAAAAAAGGUUUUAUGUCUAAUGCAAUACAAAAACAAAAUAAUUCAUCUGAACUUGGUCAAAAUAUUGAAACUCCUUUAAAUAAAGACAUAUCUUCAAAAACUGAAGUUACUAAUGAUAUCAAAAUUAUAAAAAUUGUUGACAGCAAUCCAGGAGAUGAAGAUACAUUACAUAGUGAAUCUUCAAUUAAUAGUAACAAGAAUGAUCAAUUAAAUAAGUCAAUGAGAGUAGAAGUGGAGAAUAUUACUGCUGAAGAUUUUAAAGGAGAAAGUAUUAAUACUAAUUCUGCCAAUAAUUCAUUAGGAUCAGAACGUACCUUGGAAGAAAAUUCAGGAAUAAUCGUAUGCAAUGAUGAUGAGAGUAAAGACAUUACAGUUACCAUAGUUCAUACUAUCAAUGAUAAUUCCAGUGAAAAACUUGUAAAUUCAGCACUCAACUUUUGUGAUAAUGAUAACAGUAAGCAGGCGAAUGAAGUAAGUAAAAGUAAUAUAAAUAAUGCAGGUCUUAAUCCUAGCGAUUUUUGUAUUACUGACAAUUCUAAAAAAGUGGAAGUAUUAAGUGUAGAUAUACAACAUAAAUCUGAUAAGGAUGAAACUAUAGAAUACAUUGAAGAAAAUAAUAUAAAUAAUCAAGAACAAAAUGAAACAGUUAAAACAACUGAUAUGGAUGAAUGUGGAAAAAUUAAAGAAAUCUAUAAUUUAGAAGAAAGAGAACUUAAUAAAAAUCAAGAAUUGACAGAUAUCAACCAGGGGAUACAAUUACCUGAAAACAAUUGUAAAAUAACUGUUUUGAAUACUUUAAAAGAAAAGGAGAUGAUAAGUAAGGAAUUAAUAAUAAAUGAAGAAGUAACUGAUUGUAAGACACAAGAAAUUAUUAAAAAUAAAAAAAGGGAAGUCUCUUUAGAAAACAUGAAAUCAAAUGAAGAUUUUGAAAACAAUGUUUUUAAAGCAACAACUAUUGAAGUAACUGAAUUAACUAGUAAUAAAAAUGAUAAUGAAAUUAGAAUUAAACAAAAUGUUGUACCAGAAAAAUCAAUUAUUAACAAUGGAAAAUGUGAUAACCAAUUAAAAAGUAGUGAUAAUAGUAUAAAUUCUAUGGAAGUUAAUAAAUACAUUUCUUCUGAAGAUCAGAUAACUCAUUCUAAAGUUGAUCUUUGGGAGCAAAAUAAUGAUGUUACUGGGAAAGAUAUAAAACCUACAGAAAAAGAAAACUCAGUAAUAAGCUCUACAAGUAAAAAAACAAAUCCAAGUGAAAAUAUUAACUUAAUACUGAAUGAAAAUAGUUCAUCGAGUGUAAAACCACAAAAUGAUUCAUUAGAUUUUAUUAUUGAUACAAAAAAUAAUAAUGGUGAGAAUGAUAAAAGAACUAUUGAAGUUCCUGUAACUACUCAAAGAAGGAAGAGGCGAACAAAGAAGGCAAUUGCUGUAGAAACUGUUUGUGAAGAAGAUAAACAAGUUAGGGAAAGUGGAAGACAGAAGAGGCGAACAGCUAAGAAUGCAGAAGAAAUAAUACGGAAAAGAUUUCUUAAUCAUGAUAGCGAUUUAGAAUCUAGUGACGGGUCAGAAAAAUUUGUAGCUGUAAAUUAUAAAAUGAAUCAAGAUGUAUGUCCUUUAUCACCACCUUCAUUAAAACGUACUUGUUCUGAUACUGAUAAUAAUAUUAUGAAUGGUAGUAUUAAGAAAAUUAAAAUAAUUUCUGAAACACAAUGUGAUGAAUUAAAAACACAAGAAAAUAAUUCUGGAAAUAUUAAAAAACUUAAUUAUGUUCAUAAAUUUUUCCAAAGAGAUCUGAAUGAAAAACUGCCAAAAUUAAAACAGGAAGAAUUAGAAGAACUGUUAAUACAAAAAAUUGUUGAAACGAUUACUAUGCGAGAUGAAAUUGGUAAAUUAAGAGAACAAGCACGCAUAUCAGAGAGAAAUCAAGAAGCAACGCGAGCGAAGUGUCAACAACUAGCUAAACAAAUUAAAGAUUUUGAAAUGGUAUUAAGUCGUAAUGCUGCAGAUCGACGUGCAAAUAAUGACAAAUCUACUCCACCAAUUAAAAUCAAUAGAUCUGUUGGAUUACAAGUUAAUUUUAUAACGGAUCAUGGAAUGCAAAGUUUGCGGCAAUUACAACAAAAUUCUAAUAUGAAGUCCUUACAUGUUUCAAGUAGUAAUAAUGUAUCAAAUACUUCAAUUAACGAACCAAAUAAUGCAUCCAGUCCAAGAAGAGGAAUUAAAGUAAGAUCCCCCAGAAGAAGUGAAUCAAUAAGUGGACAAACUCCUGUGGUGUCACAAAAUCAUACGCAGUCUCCAAACAUAAUGACUACUAUUACCCCUGCAGCUUUAGUUGUUGCUAAACCUGUAGAUACACAGCAUUCUUUGACGAUAUCAAAUCAACCUAGUGUUCAACAAAUUAUAUCAAAUGUAAUACAACCACAACAAUCGCAGCAAACAAUAGUUUUAAAUGGAAAAUUUCCAAGUCAAAUAAAUCGUCAAGGAUCUACCACGACAACUGUUGCGAAAUCACGUGCAAAUGAUCUUAUCGAUCUUACAGAUGAAGAGGGAAAAGGUAAAGCUACUGGUAUACCAGUUGUGACAACUGCAAUAACUGAUCAACAAGUAAAUUUAGCUCAAAAAGCACAACAACCUUGCUUCCAAAGGGUAAUCCAGGCUAUUCCUGGGAAUGUAGCCAUAACAAGUCAACCUCCUAGUAUAAGAGUGGUACAACCUGCUAGCCAACCAACACCUACUGCCUUAGUGAAUAAUAUGAACGCGCCUCGAUUAGCAUAUGUAAUGCAAAGUGGUGUAGGACCAACAAGGCAGCUAUUAAUAGCACCAAAUUCCAGUCCGAUACGGCCAGUGACUUCAUGUAGAGCUUCAUUUUCAACUUUAACGUACAAAACGGGAAUAUCAACAAUUGCAAAUGGAACAGUUCGAGUUUUAACAACUCCAGCUACUGCAAAUGUUCAGUUAAAUAAGCAUCCUGCACCUUUACCAGAUAUUCGCAAUUAUGCUGUAAAUCCUGCUUGGAAACUUCCACCACCAGCGCCAUCAUUAAAAAUUUCUAAAGUUGCACAUGGCAUAGUAUUGUCUUGGAAUAUGAACUUGUCGGACAAAUAUGCAGAUAUUGUUAGUUAUCAGUUAUAUGCAUACCAAGAAAUUGCUGGCGUUCCUCCUAAUACAUCAUUGUGGAAAAAAGUAGGCGAUGUUCGGGCUUUACCACUACCUAUGGCGUGCACACUUACGCAAUUUUCUGAAGGCAAUAAUUAUUACUUCGCAGUUCGAGCAGUUGAUACACAUUCCCGGAAAGGACAGUAUAGUAUACCUGGAAAUAUUUCUUUAUAA